ACCAAGUCAGCAGCCAGCCCAAUUCCAUAGCUUAUUCACAACAUCGAUGACCAAAAGCAGCUAGAGAGCUCCAGCCCAGCCCAGAGGUCCGCGCGCCGCGCGGCCGGCGGCCCCGAGGAUGCGGCGCCUCGCCUGCGCACUACUAGCAGCAACAGCGACAGCGCAGAACGGCGAGCGCAUCGUGGUGGGUUUGGUCGACGGCCUCGUCGUGACGCUCGACGCGUGGUCCGGCCAGGCUGUGGGCGCCUUCUCGUCGGGCGCGCCGCUCGUGCGGGACCACGGCGCGGGCGUCGUGCCCGGCGUCGACGGUCGGAUUUACCAGUUUGAUGAUGAUUUGGAGCCGCGCGCGCUGCCGGCGACGGCGCAGGAGCUCGCGGCGAUGGACGUGCCCAUGAUGGCCUGCGAGAAUUUGCCGGAUACAUUGGUACCCGCUUCGGAAGGUCCGGCCUGGCGCAACUGUGGGAUCCUGACGUCGCAUCGAGAGAAAUCGAUUUGGGCGGUGGACGUCGACACCGGAGAGUUGCAGUGGGUGCAUCCGGACGACGGGAAGAACGGCGAGAGAAACAAGGGCAAGGGGACACCCGCAUUCUUACAACGGGAGGAGUACACGGUCGCGGCCAUGGACGCGCAGACGGGCACGGAGAGUUGGAGCGUCUCCGUCGCGCACCUGUCGGCAUUCGGCCUGACGUCGGCGGACGUGUCCGAAAGGGUGGGUGUGGUGGCCGUGGCCGGUCUGCUGAAGAAGGAGACGAAGGACUGCAUGGAGGAAGGGAGCGUGGGUUGGGAGUGCGAAAAACGCAGUCCACCAAAGUUCCCCUCGUUGGAAGUGGCUUCCACGACUACUGGCUACGCCGUGACGGCGUUUGACGAAGAUAGAAUCGUCUGGACGACGGAUUUACCUGCCUUGCCUACCGAAUUUUUUGGAGCAUCUAGAAGUGGCGCGUGGUCGUCCCUGGCCGUGACGGCGCCUCGUGAAAAUUCGCAGGCCCUCGUCGCUGGUGCCGGUACGGAUUUACUGGCCCACGCCGUGGGCCGGCCCCUGUCUUCUGAUCUAGCGGAGAACGCGCGACUGGCGGCGCGCGUCGCGCGCGCCGCGGGGCCGCCCGUGACCGAGUAUUCGCCGAAUUUGAAGCUGCUGCCGAUGCCGAACGCGACGGCGGCGCUACCGUUGAAAGUGAGACGCGAGCUGCUGUUAUUAAGGGUGCUGUUGGUCGCUUUGGCAGUAGCCGCGGGCUGGUGGGUGCUGUUACGGAGGCGCAAGGUACCACCACAAAGGACGCCGUCGCCGGCGCUACUACCGCUUCCAGAAACACAAAUACGCACGACCCAGUCCCUCUCGGCCCUCGGCAGCCUCCAGAAGAAGGAUGAUACACCUAAACCGCCGCCGGCGAUCCCCGAGCUCGGCCCCGACGCGCUGGUCUCGACGGCGCGCUACGAGCGCGAGUUCGACGAACGAGAGAAGUUGGGGAGAGGCGGCUUCGGCACGGUCGCCAAGGCCACGAACAAGCUCGACAAGAUCGACUACGCGAUAAAAAAAAUCAGGCUCUCGUCGGACGUGACCUGGCGACCUAGGUUGGACAAGAUGCUCCGCGAGGUGAAGAUCCUGGCGUUGCUGGACCACCCCCACAUCGUGCGCUACUACCAGGCCUGGCUCGAGGCCGGUUCUAGUGAUGCGGGACUGGUCCACCAAUCCUCGAACGCUUCAUUAACUUCCGCCGUGCAGCCGCCGUCCUCAGCAACGCAAGCCUGGACCCAGGACGAGGUCGAAGAGCCGUUUACCGAAACGUUAAAAUCCUUCGACAUGUGCGCGUCAGAUAUGCCGUCGAUGGCCCCGCGGAAACCGGUCAGCAUCCCACAACAGAAGAAGAAACCGAGCAAACCGGUCAACUACGAUUUGGUACUGCACAUCCAGAUGCAGUACUGUUCGUCUCGAACGUUGCGGGACUUCCUGGAUGAUAGAGAUGAUGACGACCAAUCUCUGAAGAUUUUUGCGCAGAUCGCGCGGGGCCUGACGUACGUCCACGAGCGCGGGUUGGUCCAUAGGGACUUGAAACCGGCGAAUAUUUUCUUAAUUGAUGGCGUGGCGAAGAUCGGGGACUUUGGAUUGUCGCGCCACGUCGGCCAGGACGACAUCCCGGAAGAGGAGGACGAUGUUGGGGAGGACGAGGAUAUUACAAGAGGCGUCGGGACGCGGUUGUACGCGGCGCCGGAGCAGCUCGCCUCCGACGACUACGACGAGAAGGCCGACGUCUACUCGCUGGGCGUCGUGCUUUAUGAGUUAUUACGGCCGCGCUUCGGGACGACGAUGGAGCGCGUCACGUGCAUCUCAAAAAUAGCGCGGGCGUCUUCAGAAGAACGGCUCCGGAUCUUGCGAGAGGAGCUGCCUCAUAUUGACAAGGACGUGGCCGAGCUCGUCUCCACCGCUCUCGCGCGCGACCCCACUGAUAGGCCCGCGGCGGCCGAGGCCGCUUCAGUAAUAGAGCGCGCGCUCGACGCGGACGUCGUGCGCCAGAUGAAGAAGGACGGCGCCUCAACAGGCGACGGCACGGUCAUCCUCCGCGCGCCGAACGGCGACGUCCGCGUCUACUCGGACGACGGCGUCUUCCUGAGCGAGCGGCCGGCGGGCCGGUCCGCGUCCGAGGCGGUCUCCGAGCCGUCGUCGUGACUGAUAAGUUGAGUACUG